UCGUAGCUGGGAAUCGAAGCUUUCUGCAGCGACUAUUGAACAUCAUAAUAAAUUCGACAAAAUGGCCAAACGCAAGAGACAAGCUAUCGCUCAAAACGAGCCUGCUUCUGAGCCUUCGAUCAAGAAGAAGGCAAAGGGUGCUCAAGUUCUUAAGGAAAAGCCUGUGAAGGCAAAGACUUCAGCGCUGAAGAAGUCUACUACUACCUCGAAACCUUCGAAUGCGCCCGAGACUAUCCAGAUCGUUGUCGGCUCCUACGACCGAAUUCUUCACGGAUUGACAGUGACGGUUGGAGGAAAGGAGAAGGCUGAAUUCGCCGACACAUUCCUUUUCAAUGCUCAUACCUCGGCGAUUCGCUGCGUCGCUGCGUCGCCCAUUUCAGCGCCCGUUCCUGGACAGACACAAAAGGUCAUGCUUGCCUCUGGUAGCACUGAUGAGCGGGUAAACGUCUACAACUUGUCGGCGCAUCCCCCCAGCCGAAAGAACCAGGAGAUCCUGGCCAAGGUCGCUCCCCGACCAAUUCUCGAGAACCCCAAGAACCGAGAGGUUGGCACACUGCUUCAUCACUCUUCGACUGUGACAUCGCUAUGCUUCCCUACACGCUCAAAGCUACUAUCAUCGAGCGAAGACUCUACAAUUGCGGUCACACGAACACGGGAUUGGUCUUUACUUAGCAACAUCAAGGCACCUAUUCCUAAGCCUCAAGGCCGUCCUAGCGGCGACACAGCGCCUUUCGGUGGUACACCUUCUGGCGUCAACGAUUUUGCCAUCCACCCCAGUAUGAAGCUUAUGAUUAGCGUCAGCAAGGGCGAGCGAUCAAUGCGAUUGUGGAACUUGGUGACUGGAAAGAAGGCUGGAGUGUUGAACUUUAGCAAAGACAUGCUGCAGGAGGCUGGUGAGGGAAAGCAUUCUACUGGAGAGGGCCGAAGAGUUGUUUGGGGAAGCGUUGAUGGAGCAGAUGAGUUCGCGGUUGGAUUUGACCGGGAUAUUGUUGCAUUUGGCAUGGACAGUGUACCCAAAUGCAGGAUUAUGGGAUCAAUCCGAACAAAGGUGCACCAGUUCUUCUACGUUGCACUUGACAAGGAAGGGGAUGCGACACUAUUGGCGGUUGCUACAGAGGACGGCCGCAUCCUAUUCUUCUCAACUAAGGAAUCGGACCUUACACAACCGGAGUCGGAGGACAAGAAGCUCCCGACAGCCAAGUUGAUGGGUCAAAUCGGCGGAAAAGCCGGCGGAGUUGAGGGCCGAAUCAAGGACUUUGUGGUGGUGCCGAGUGCGGAGGACGACUCGACGCUGUACGUAGCUGGCGGGAGCAGUGAUGGACGGGUCCGCGUUUGGCGGGUGGGCGUACCGGAGCUGCAGGGUAGCGACAAGGCAGAGGAGGGCAAGGGAGAGUUGUUGGGGACGUAUGAGACGCAAAACAGAAUCACAUGCAUGACGGCGUUUAUGAUGAUACCCCGGCCAGAGGGAGUUGAGGAGAGUGAGGAUGAGCUGGAAGAUGAGGAUGAAGAGGAGAGUGAUAGCGAUGAAGAGUAAAACAGGGUGUUAAAAAUGCAUGCAUGCAUGCAUGUUAUUGGUUGGAUAUUUGCGUUUGUUGUGAUAUACAGUGGUAGCUAGCAAUCUAUUAACUAAUGUCAGAUAUGCAAUGAAU